AUGCCUAAGCCCGAAUGCUUGCAUACAGACUAUAUUAGCAUUCUUGUAGAGCAGGUUACUCAAGAAGCUACUGCUUUCCUUAAUGGUGGGGGUGAAGGUGACAGAAUAAAGGCACUGAAAAGUGUUCAGAAUCUAAUGAAUGCUCUCCUGAAGCCCCAGGAUUCUGUAUACCACUUGGCCUAUUCGCCCACUCAUACUAUCUGUGUCCGGGUCGGCAUCGAUCUUGGCAUAUUUGAGACUCUCACGGAAAACGACCGGCCGGUGACUCUUGCCGAACUGGCGGCAGUGAAGGGUGCAGAUUUGAUUCUAACAGAACGUGUUUUGCGAAUCCUUGCAGGCAUUGGCUACGUCCAGGAGCAUGAUACUAGAAUAUAUAUCGCAACCACAAUGACUCGACAGAUGACAGAUAGUUCAUCCAUUGCAAUGGUAAAAGUCAUUUUCGACCUUGGUAUGCCAAUAUUAGCCAAAGUCCCAGAGUUCCUCCGACAUAACGGAUUCAGAAAUCCAUCACCUACCAGCGGCCCCCUGCAAUAUGUGGAGAAAUCAGCAUCUUUCUGGGACUUCCUCUCCCAAAAAUCAGAAUAUUUUGAUGUAUUUAAUACCUUCAUGGAAGGGGACAGAGGGAGCCGUCCGAGUUGGCUGGCUUGGUUUCCGGUACAAGAGAGACUUAUUGAUGGAUUCGAACAAGGCAAUGAAUGUAUUCUUCUCGUCGAUGUAGCUGGCGGCCGCGGCCAUGAUAUUUCUGCAUUUUUGAAUACGUUUCCUGAGGCACCUGGCCGGCUGGUACUUGAGGACAAGCCGCAGGUGAUUGAUGAACUGAGAGGCCUUGAUGGCAGGAUCGAGCGCGUCGCGUUUGAUUUGUUUAAGCCUCAGCCAAUUCGAGGUGCCCGCAUAUAUUACAUGAAAUUUGUUCUACAUGACUGGCCUGACGAUGAGUGCCGCGUAAUUCUCGGCUAUAUCCGCGAGGCAAUGAAAUGCAAAUACUCGAAACUGGUAAUUGAGGAGUUUAUCUUGCCAAAUAAAGAUUGUGCCAUGAUCUCUGCCAUGUGGGACUGGGAAAUGCUGAUAUUCUGUAGCAGCAUGGAGCGCACAGUUGACCAUUGGAAGAUGCUUUUAGCCUCGGCUGGCUUUGGGUUGCUUAAGUUUUGGUAUCCUCCCGGUGAUGGUCAAGGGAUUAUCGAAGCAGAGCUAGAAUAA